UAUUACCCUCAAUUAGAAAAACAUCAUCGCUCAUUCGUUCGUUCGUACCUUUGUACCUCUCCUCCAUCUAGCACCUCUCCUGCGUACUAGUUAUCAUUCAUCCAUAAUGACGGCUGUGCUUUCUCAAAGAGGAAGAUGCUAAAGCGGUACCACAACUUCUAAACAGAGAACUGUCACCACUGGUGUGGGGUACCCCAAUUCUGUGGUGAAUUUGAGGAAGACGACGAAGACCUGACGAUCCCAAGCAAUGACUGGAAUCUAUGGUAUAAGUCGAGAGGGGUUUAGCGCAGAACGCUGUGCCUGUCUUACACGAACAUCGGUGAGAAGGGGACAUUGCUAACAAGAACGAACUUACUGAAGAUGAAAUAGCAGCAGUGUCGAAAUGCUGAUCUGACACAAAGAACUCACCGAUGAAAUAAGACAGAGUGUGGCGUGUUGGCCCAGGAAAAUCAAGAUACCCUUCUCCAUCAAAGUGAGUAAAGUAUUCCGUCUUGUUCAACACAUGAUCAUGAGUAAAGUAUUCCUGUCUUCCACGAAGAGAGAAGGGUACUCUAGAACGAACGCCUUGUCAGUCUACAAACCGUCGGCAAACAAUGAGCGUUUAGAACUAGUUUUAAACGCCGUUCAUGGAAAGAAGAGAGAACCCAGCAUGAGCUUUUGUAGGCUUCAUAUUGGUUUCUCUGUGGGCCUGGAGUGUAAAGACCCUUUUUAAGCUCCAAAAAUUCUUCUUGCGAGGCUUCUUGCGAAGCCAAAUUUGUUGCGUGCUUGCGCUAGUGUUUCUUUUCGUUUCUUUUUCCCGCCCACCCACUUCCUUGGGAAAUUGACCGUACUUUGGUUUGAAGGCUCGUUAGCUCGAGGUCUAGGCCGAGAGUUACCCUUCAAGCUGAGGGACGGGGUAAAAAUCGGGUUAACAUCUUCUUUCCAUGGACGAUUUAAUUAUAUCACGUUUGAAAUUUAGUGAAUUCUAAUUAGUGUGGUUGAGAUUCAGGCGCGUGGCGUAGUACAAUGUCGAAUAGUUUAAUGAUUUCGUGUGGAAAAAUAAAACCCGAG